AUGUUUUCCAACGCGCCUCGUCGUCUUAAAGCGAUUGCAGACUCAUUGACCACACACCUACCGCUACCGCAGAGACAGAUACGCAAUAAGUCAAGCAAAGCCAUGGAGUCCUCUUUAGACCCCCUGGUUGGCUUGUACAAGCCCAAUCAGCUAAAGGGUCUGUAUUACGGCUCUGGCACUGUCAAGGAUCACUUACUGUCGUGCCUUCCUUCAGAGACUUCCAAAGCUUUUAUCGUUACCGGGGCUUCUCUUGCGAACAAGACACCACUGAUUAAACAGAUUGAGGAGCUUUUGACAUCGAAGCACCAUGCGGGCACGUUCUCCAACAUUAAGGAGCAUGCUCCAGUCGCACAACUUGACGAGGCGACGUCGAAAGUGCAAGAGGAUUCGUCUAUUGACACCAUAAUCUCAGUUGGUGGUGGCAGUCCGAUUGACUCUGCCAAAGCUAUUUCGUACCGUGUGAACGAGAAGUCUGGACACUUUCUCACACAUAUUGCCAUACCGACCACACUGAGUGCAGCAGAAUGCACAGCUCUUGCGGGGUACACCAAGGAAGAUGGCGUAAAGACAGGUAUUGCUCAUCCGAAUGUGUACCCUAGCUAUAUCUUGUAUGAUAGUACCUUUGCUCUGCAUACACCACCAUCGUUGUUUGCAAGUACUGGCAUUCGAGCACUGGAUCAUGCUGUCGAGUUACAGUACCAUCCUACCGCAACGCUCAUGCCAUGCCAGUGGCUUUGUUUGCUGUCAAUCAGAGCACUAUUCGAGCACUUGCCAGAGUACAAGGCCAAUCCAAAGGACGAGCAGGUCAUCACUAGGCUUUUCUUGGCUGCAUACGCAAGUCUUGGCUUUCUGGGAGGAAAUAUGAAGGGAGGACUAGGACUUAGUCAUACUAUGGGUUACGCCCUCGGCUCGCCAUAUGGCAUACCUCAUGGCGUAACAUCCUGCAUGACCCUGGGACAUGUGGUGAAACUGAAGGCAAAAGGUGAUCCGAAAGAUGCAGCUGCUGUAGCAGGCAUACUGUCAGUACUUCCACCCAAGUAUGGUGCUCAACCCAGCGGCGAUCAUGUAAAGGACGCUGAAGUGGUUGGAGAUGCCAUAUUGAAACUGGUUGAAGAGCUCGGCUUCAAGACCACCUUGACAGAAAAAGGAGUCAGCAAGGAACAGAUUGACACCAUCGUUGCCAGAGCCACAGGUGGGCUGUCAGGCAAGGAAGGCCAGAGUGAGAAGGAGCAAAGAACGGUGGCGGGUGUUAAACAGAUGGUGGAGAGUCUAUACUAG